CUUCUAGAAGGCUUAUUAACUUUGCGCUCUCUGCAACCUCUCGUCUUCAACAAUGGAGUUUUGGGGUGUUGAGGUGAAAAGUGGGGAGUCUUUUGUGGUGCAAGAAGAGUAUGAGACGAUCUUGCAUCUCUCACUGGCUUGUCUGGGUGAGGUCAAGAAAGACAAAGGGAGUGAACCUGUGCACCUGUUUGCAAAAGUUGAUGAUAAGAAGUUUGUUAUUGGAAUACUUUCUUCUGAAAAGUUCCCUCAGAUUUCUUUUGAUCUUGUGUUUGAAAAGGACUUUGAGCUAUCCCAUAACUGGAAAAAUGGGAGUGUCUACUUCACUGGAUACAGAUCUUCUAUUUCAAAUGGAUCAGAUGAAUACUCAGAUUCUGAAGACGAGAUUGCACCUGUUCCCAUUGAGCUUGGUCAAUCUAGCUUACAGGCUAAACCAGAGGAAAAGAAUGUGGACGUAAAUAAAGAUGUCAAAUCUGAUCAAAAGGCCCAGGUCAAGAGUGAGGAAGAAAGCAGUGAUGAUGAUGAUGAAAGUGAAGAUGAGGAUGACAGUGAAGAUGAAGAAACUGAUGGAAGUGAAGAGGAGGAAGAAAACAAGGUUGAUAUAAGCAAGAAAAGACCUGCCGAAGCUUCUAAGAAAACUUCAGGUGGAGAUAAGAAGGCAAAAUUUCAAACUCCCGAAAAGGCUGUUGCAAAGACAAGUGGCAAUAAAGUUGGUGGCCAUACUGCAACUCCUCACCCUGCAAAACAGGCUGGGAAAACAGCAGCUAAGAAUGAGCAGCAGCCAAAACAGCAGGCUCCAAAAGCAGGUGGAGCGUUCCAGUGCAAGUCGUGCAACAGGUCGUUUGGCUCAGAUAUUGCGUUGCAGUCUCAUACGAAGGCCAAACACGCUACCGCAAAGUGAAGGGCCUAGUAGUUGCCUUGUCUUAAUGGCUUUUUUGGUGAAUAGCACCAAGUAGUAGAUAUAAAAGGAAGAAACUAGCUUUACUAUUUCAACUAUUUCAUCACAAACUGGGUUUAGACGGGUUUGUUGUGUUGAUACUUGAGACGUCAAAUAUUUGUCUUGAAGUCCACCAGACCAUUUUGUCUAUAAUAUCAACUGAUGCUUUUGGAACUUGAUCUAGUUCUUUUAGAUAUCAGCAACUGAUUAAUGUUUUCUUGUUAAAGUC